CACUAUAUAGGGGAAAGCCACUGCCACUGCCACCACAGCUCGUCCGCCAAAAGUUCUCGACCUAGCUUGAUCACUAGCCCUGAAGCACCAACAUUUCACGGAUCGCCGACCGCCAUGGCCUGCAAAAACACUACACAAGAGUCUGUGUUAAUCCUCGGCGCGGGCUGCUUCGGCCUUGCGACCGCGCACCAGCUGGCAAACGCCGGCUACACAGACAUCACCGUCCUGGACAAGGACGAUGUUGUCCCCAGUCGCUUCUCCGCGGCCAACGACCUCAACAAGGUCAUCCGCGCCGAGUAUCCCGACCUCCUCUACACAGACCUGAGCUUGAAAGCGAUCAAGAAAUGGCAGACAGAUCCUCUAUACACUCCGCAUUACCACGAGACGGGCUUCCUCAACGUCACGUCCAGCGCAGCCACCCAGCAGACUAAAAAUGUCGUCGAGACGUACAUCUCGUCCAUACAAGCGAAUCCAGCCUUUGACGGAAAGGUGCAGCGCGUCAGCGGAGAGGAUCAAAUCCACAGCCUCGUCCCCGCGUUCAACGGUCCCAUCCCCGGAUGGUCAGGCUACUUCAACAGGCUGGCUGGCUAUGCGCACUCAGCCAACGCCCUCAGGGACGUCUAUCGGGAUUGUGUACGGCUCGGCGUCAAAUUCCACCUGGGACCGAAAGACGGCGAGGUGAAAUCACUGCUGUUCGCCGCCGCCCGUGGUGUCAACAUCUGUGUAGGAGCCAAGUCUCGAGGAGGGACGCUGUAUCAAGCACAGAAGACAAUCGUGGCCCUCGGUGGCAAUGUCUGCAAUCUGAUUCCCAGCCUUGGACCGCAGGUGACGGGACGUUGCUGGGGUGUUGCCCACAUCCAGCUCUCACCAGAGGAGGCGGCCACUUUACGCGGCAUCCCCGUCACCAACGUGCGCGACCUUGCCUUCUUCUUCGAGCCGGACCAGGCCACCAACAAGCUCAAGUUCUGCCAUAUGGGCGGCGGCUUCACCAACUACGCGUGGUCGCAAGAUGGCCUCUCCGUGCCGUACCCAACCCUCUCCGAGUCUAAGCUUCUUCCCGCCGGUGACGAGAUGCAGAUCCGAAAGCUUCUUCGAGACGUCUUCCCCCAAUUCGCCAAUCGCCCGCUGAUCGAUUGCCAUCUGUGCUGGUUCGCGGAUACGGCCGAUUCGGACUACAUCAUCGACUACGUCCCGAACACGGACAAUUCUCUCGUGGUGCUAUCUGGGGACUCCGGUCACGGCUUCAAGAUGCUGCCCAUUUUCGGAGACUUCGUACAGACCCUGUUGGAGAUUGGCAGGCAGGCAGAGCCCAAGUGGCAAUGGAAGGGUUCCAAGUCAAAGGUGGGCAGUGCUUGGAGGGCUGGGGCGGGUCAGGAGCUCGUAGCCAUAGUUCCCGCGAAGCUAUGAACAAAGUGUUGCGGAGGACUGAGUACCGCCCGUAGAUGGUCUGAGCACGGUCAUGGUAGACGACGGUAAGCACAACCAGCCGUUAUAGAUAGGUACAUGGAUAUUAUCUCAAUACAGCCAAU